AAGAAAACGGGGUCCCCAGCUCGGCUUAUAUUCAUUUCUGAUUGGUUCUCUCGGCUCUCUCCAUUGGUCCUUUUGCCCCGCAUCCCGAUAUAAAGUGGAUUCUCCCUUAGAAUGCGGGGCCCUAUUGCCGACUUUUUUAUAUUUUUCUUGAGCUACCCCAGCUGCCUUGUGUUGCGUUGUAGCACUUGUAGCUGCCUGUCUGUUGUACUUAUUAGAUGUAAUGUGGGAAGUAAUGUGGGAGGGUACAUUACAUGUCCAGAUGCCUUGUUAAACCCUGUCGCUGGUUCCUGAGAAUCCCGGUGUUGCAUCCAAUCACGUCUUACUAGUGACGGAAUCUCCUGCAUCACCGCAACUUUCCUUUCUAUCCAUGAAUCCAGCCCAUCGCCUUCUUUCUUCUGGAUGCAACACUACACCACCACGCAUACAUAGCUUUUUAACUACUUGACUACUAAAAAAAAAAGUAUUUGAAGAAGACCAACUUGAUAUAGUUUCUUCUUUACCGGGUUAUCUUUCUUAGCACCUGACUAGGAUCCAUAAUCUCAUCUCAUAUCAUCCAAUUCCUUUUCUCCGAUUUCCAUUCUUGACCAGAGUUUUCAAAUUCGCUUUUCUUGUCCACAUUGUCUUACUCGCUAUACUUUCUACUACCGAUCUUACCUGUUGCCUCACAUGCUCCCAUUGCUUACACCUGCAAUUACAACCUCGCUACAUCGGAAAGUUGGAAAACAUGGCACCACGCACUAACGGCCGCGUCGUCCAGGUCGAGGACACCAAGAUCUGUGUUGUCAUGGUUGGCUUGCCUGCACGAGGGAAGAGUUACAUAGCACAGAAAGCCCAGCGUUACCUUCAAUGGCUCUCCAUCGAUGCCAAGACAUUCAACGUUGGUAACUACCGACGUCAUGACGCUCCUCAACCGCCAGCCGAUUUCUUCGCUACUAACAAUCCCGAUGGAGAACGCAGGCGCCGCGCGGCCGCCGAGGCCGCUAUUGCCGACAUGAUGAGCUGGUUUCGCCAAGGCGGUGUGAUCGGAAUCCUCGACGCUACCAAUUCUACCAAGGAACGCAGGAGAUGGGUCCAUGACUUAUGUACUAAGGAGGGUAUCGAAGUUUUGUUCGUUGAAUCCAAGUGUGAUAACGAGGAACUCAUCAUGGCCAACAUUCGAGAUGUCAAGACUACCAGUCCCGAUUACAAGGGCCAGGACCCCGAGAAAGCGGCUUUAGAUUUUCGCAAUCGAAUAAAGAACUACGAGAAGGCAUAUAAGAGCAUUGAUGCCGACGGUGACGAGGAUGAAUAUACCUACCUCAAGAUUAUGGAUGUUGGGUCUCAGGUUAUCAUCAACCGUAUACAAGAUUACCUACAGAGUCGGGUAGUCUACUACCUAAUGAACUUGCACAUCCGGCCAAGAUCGGUGUGGCUCUCGAGGCAUGGGGAGUCACUGUACAACCUCUAUGGGCGAAUCGGUGGCGAUGCGGAUUUGUCUCCGCGAGGGCAUCAAUAUGCUAAGAAGCUGCCCGAACUCGUUCGUCAGUCCGUCGGUGGUGACCGCCCCCUCACGGUAUGGACCUCGACCCUAACACGCACUAUACAAACGGCUCGUUUUCUACCCGACAAUUACAACCAGUUGCAGUGGAAAGCAUUAGACGAGCUCGAUGCGGGUGUCUGUGACGGCAUGACAUAUCAGGAGAUCAAGGACGUUUACCCGGAGGAUUUCGUCGCGCGCGACGAAGACAAAUAUAAUUACCGCUACCGCGGUGGUGAGUCUUACCGCGACGUUGUUAUCCGUCUUGAACCUAUUAUAAUGGAGCUUGAACGAUCCGAGGAUAUCCUAAUUGUUACCCACCAAGCCAUAUUGCGCUGUAUAUAUGCAUACUUUAUGAAGAAGGACCAGUCUCACAGCCCCUGGAUGAACGUCCCACUCCACUGCCUCAUCAAGCUCACCCCACGCGCUUAUGGCACUGAUGAAGAAAGAUAUCAUGCCGAUAUUCCUGCUGUUAGCACGUGGCGAGGUAAGGGCAGCACCGCUAAGCACGAAGACCCCGUCCCGGAGGCGAACCUAGGUUACACUCCGACGGCAGCAGUCCACUAAGAAUUCGCCUCAAUGACUUUCGGUAUUAUGACUAUGACGAAAAUAAGAUAGGUAGGGUAGAGCAGGAAAACUACUACUACUAGAUGAUCCGGUGGAUUGGUUCAAAGGGGCGCAUUAACGGAUGAAUACAUUGUUACGGUUCUUGUUUUGGCGACCGGCUUUGUGGAUAAAAAGGAACCGCCGCAUAUUAAUAUACAUAGAGUGGGGUGGGCUGCUUGCAUGAAAUACGUGUCGGAUGUUGUAAAUAUAUUUACAGGCCUUUUUAUAUAUCCCAUGGGCACUAGAUCAUUGAUAACUGUCGAAAAAUUGGGUUAAUA